CCACCUAUACCCGUCGUCAGACAACGAGGGCAGAAGCUCGAAGCGGUGGGAAUGCACAAUCCUUAGUCACCUAGGCAAUCACGGGGCCCUCGCGUCGCACCCCACCGCGGCACACGAGCUCGUCCUGACGACGGUUCGUAGGGAUACGCCAAUGGCGGACUCUGGGGAGGCGCAGACCCUCGCGGUGUUUGGCAGCCGCGACCAGGCCAACCGGGCGCUCAAGUCGAGCGCGGCGAAUUAGAAUCACGCUGCGCUCGAAUUUGACGCUGGCCUAGCGGAGGUCGAGCAGCGCGUCAACGCCGCUUGCUAGUUCCUCCCUCACGCCCCGCCAACCAACCCUAUCGCCUGGGGUUACGUCUCGGACCUCUCGCUGACGGAGAGGGUGGCUAAGUACGACGAGCUUCGCUCUCGUAUGGCCCUACACAGCGCAUUAUUGAGGGGGAACGGGUUCUACGAUUGGAUGACAUGGCCAGCUCAGAAUACGGCCGACCUGGUAGAGCUCAUGGCUGGACUCGGCCUAACGUCCCGCGUCCGGGCGUUACCGGUCGUCAGCUUCUUGUCGAUAGACGUUGACCGGAUAGACGCCCUAUUGGAGGAGGCCCUGCCGUUAGACCGAACUCGGUUCAACCAGUAUUUAUCUAAGCGCGUCCUCGGGCUGGGCAUCAUUACUGCGGGUCCUGGUUUCGGCAAUACAACCGCGCUCUCCGUGGCUACGUUGGGUAUGCAGCGGUCCCUAGGACAGGUCCUAUACUCGGCGCCGUCGCACGUCGCCACCUCUAAAUUCGCGGAGUGCCUAGACCGCGUAUCGACGACCGUGACGGAUCGUCAUAACGAGCGGCAGCCCAGCAACCGCCAUACCCGGUAUGCGCUCGUAAUCCGGGGUUAUGUUAUCCGGGAGGAGCUCGCGGCGGUGUCCUGCCUACUCGCCCGACUAGCCGGGGGCGAGGAUUACUGCCGGCAGCAGCUGGGCAAGGCGUCCAACUGGCGCCUACACCUGUCGCUUGCGUUCUGGACGCUCGUCGUCCUCGGAUCGCCUACAGUCCGGAGCACUAGGGCCCAUGAGGCGAAAAUCAUCGGCGACCUCCAGGCUGAGAUCACGGCCAACCCUGGUGUCCUACACGAGCUACGGCGGGUCGUAGUCGGGGGAAAAGCCCUGGAAGAGUUCCAGAGUGAAGGGCACGACCUCAUGGCGGCGAAGACCGCCACCCUCGAACUAAUGCGCAAGAUCCUCGCGCGGGCAGACCUCCUCUGUACGACACUCGCCGCCGCCGAUAAGGUCGUAGAGUACCGCAGCUUCAAGACGAAACUGGCCAAGGGCGUUAGCAUUGACGAAGCGGCAAAUAUGAACCGCUGUGACUCGGUAUCCCUCUGGGGAAAUACGCUACUCCCCUGCCUGCUCGGGGGCGACCCGAUGCAGCUGCCGCCCUUCGUCGGGUCGGCGGGCGAGAAGGACAGCUCGGGCCACGUCAUCCACCGGCUGGCCGAAGAUGCCGCCAUCUCCCAUCUCGAUGUGCUGCACGCCGCCGGGAUGCCCGUGUACCGUCUCACGCAGCAGCUCCGGAUGGCCGAGGGGCUCUUCGACAUGGUCGCCAAGGAGGCCUACCCGUCGGCCGACUUUACAUACGCGCCCUCGUGCGCCGUCGGCCUUGAUAAGUUCGACAUCGGCCACGACCUGGAGAAGUUCCUCCUCGGCACGCUCCCUCGCGCCCGCGCCUCGCCGACCGGGCGGCUCUCCCCUUUCUUCGUCCACGUUUCCGGCUCCGUGGUCGAGGUAGACGCCUUGACCGGCUCCCGGCGGUCGGCCACGCAGGUUAAGGCGGCCUUGAAACUAGCCCAAGACUUCGUCCAGACGGGUGUGGGUGCCAGGCGCAUUGUCAUAUUAGCGCCAUACUCGUCCAACGUGGCGUUGAUCGAGCGGGGUCUCAGGGAACCGGAGUUUAGUGCCCUGUCGGCGAUGGCCCCAGUGUCCACAGUGGAUGGAUACCAGGGCCAGGAGAGCGACAUCGUAUUUGUGGUAAUGGGCACGUCGCAGGCCUCUGGUCCGGGGUUUAUGGCAAAUGAGAACCGGCUGACGGUUCUCCUAUCCCGCCAGCGGUGCGGUCUCGUCAUCGUCGGGGAUAUCGACGUGAUCCCGAGACAGGGGCCAAAGGGCAAGGAUAAUGACCGUUUUCUCGUGGAGGUCCCGGGCGGCCAGAUAUUCAACGCAAAGGUCGACAUGUUGCGGAACAUCCAUAACACCCUCCUCACGACUGGCAGGGUCGGCUAUGUCUAGGCGCCGGCGGCUUAAUACGAGGCGGCCACUGAAUGGGUGCCCCACCAAGUCAAGGCUCCCACAGCAUGUCUUCUGCUUCCGAGACGGCGUUUCCGAGGGGCAGUUCAUUCACGUCAUAGGGUACGAGUAUAAGCAAAUCAAGGUCUCCUAGCUCGCCACCAAUGCGAUUCCAAUAAUGCGUGA